ACCAGCACCAUCAAAAAAAAGUUUAGUCAUCAUAUUUCCUUAUACAACCAUUUGUUCAGACCAAGCAAUCUGACUGGUAGCAAAUGGGUGCCUUGGAUGUAGCACAAAAGACUCCCGACAAAGACUUCAUCUUUUGUGGAUGCUGUUGUUUACAGUCUGACUCUCAACAUCACACACAAAAAUGACACUGGAGUAGUAAGGAUGCUUAAGUGCACAAUUGUUGUGACACUUUUGACACCUCACAUCAUAUUAUUCGCCCACCAUCGGCUCUCUGAUUGGCCCCCAGUCUGAAACUCACGUAUUUUUCGUCUACUUGUUUUCCUUAUGUGGCGGACUCGCCUGUAUUAAUAUGUCGGCGACACACGGAGAAAACAACAAAGAAGGCUUUAAGUUCAAGUGAUUACCUGCAUUGGAAGACUAGAUAUAGCAGUGCUUGUCCGACUUCCAGCAUGAAGUGGAGAUCCUCCGCUGCAUCCAGGUCCCUCUCACUUUAGGUGCCUUCUCUACUAGCUACGCUACACCAGUGCCCAUCUAAAUGGGUGUUUCAAAUGGUUUGGAAGUAGUGCAUAUAACCUGAAACUAUAAAUAUCCAGGAGAGCAUGUCAUCAUGUCCUCCUGAGUUUGGGCUGAACCCCGAAUAUUGAACACCUGUGGCUCUACCCCUGGUUUCCACUGAUUUUUAACAUUACAGCCCUUUAAACACACACACCAGUUGAGUUGGUCAGACGGUGACAUCACACACUAGCUGCUUUUGGUAAAGAUUUCACGGUAGAGAUUACACAAACAUGAGAUCUCACCAAAACUCAUGAUCAAAUGUGACUUCAGAGAAAAAAUGGAAGAUGAUUGAUGUAAACUGGAUGUCCUGGCAUGCAUUUUAUUUUGCAGCAAAAAACAAACAAGAAAUAUAAUGAGGGUGAAAAUCCCUGCUGAGUUUGGCAGGGUGUUUUUAUAACCAGUGGAAGCAUACAUCUGGUUAGGGGUGCUACCAGACAGUCUGACCUGGAAUCAUUUCUAUCAAACAUGUUUGAUAAAUAAAACUUUCGAGGCAGGGAGGCUCUGCCUUUAUUGAAAGCAUUGGAAUAAACACUUGUGACUGGGUCAACCCCUUCUAUAACUGAGGAUGGAGGUUAGCUAAUCAGGCCUAAGAUUGGUCUCAAAGUCAAGCCUAACUAGUAUCAGUGACCAGUGAGGGCGGAGCUUGACAGAGGGACAGUUUACCCAUACAGAGAUUUAAGUGUAAGCGAAGUCACACGGUGUGAUACUGAUCGUGCUCUAUGAGGGAAAAUGUUUCACUGGGAGGAAGCUGGAGAUCACCAGCGAAUGCGACAACCUCCAGGACCGCGGCUUCAUGAAUAGGGUCAACUCUGUGCGCGUGGAGAGCGGGGCCUUCAUCUGCUUUGACCAUCCAGACUUCAAGGGCCAGCAGUACAUACUGGAGCACGGAGAGUACCCCGAAUUCCAGCGCUGGAAUGCCCAUAAUGAUCACAUGGGCUCUUGCAGGCCAAUCAGGAUGCAUGGAGAGCAUUACAGGAUGGAGCUGUUUGAGGGAGACAACUUCACUGGCCAGUGCGUGGAGCUGUGUGAAGACUGUCCUUUCCUGCAGGCCCGAGGACUCACCAAGAACUGCGUCAACUCCAUCAAGGUUUAUGGAGAUGGAGCCUGGGUGCUGCACGAGGAGCCAAACUACCGUGGGCGUAUGUACAUCGUGGAGAGAGGAAACUUCAGCGCCUUCACUGAGUGGCAGGCGGAGAACCCCACCAUCCAGUCAGUCCGCAGAGUGGCAAACUAUUUCUAAAGCAGUCCUCAGUCCGUGGCAACGUUACUGCAGGGAUGAGAU